AUGCCUCAUAGUGGAGAGAACGAAACAAAAGGAUUGCCGUCAAUGAUCUCAUAUUGUCGGAGUUGCAAGCAAGAUGAUAUGGUAGAUAAGUCCAACGAAGGAAGCGACUCGCUCAUUGCCAUUGUUGGAAUGGCUGUACGACUGCCUGGGGAGGUUAACACCACAGACGAGUUCUGGAAGUUCCUAAGCGCCAAAAAGCACGGGUUAGGGGAGGUCCCGGGAACUCGGUACAAUGUAGACGCUUUCUUGAAUCCUUGUCAUCAGGGGUUAAAAACAAAGAAUGGUCACUUUCUGGCAGAGGACCCCGGCUCCUUUGAUGCGGACUUCUUCUCAAUCAGUGACCAUGACGCCGCGCUUAUGGAUCCACAGCAGCGGAAGUUGAUGGAGAUAACUUGGGAGUGCCUAGAAAGUGCAGGAGAGACAAAUUGGAGGGGUAAAGAUAUUGGGUUCUACGUGGGCGCCUUCAGUGAGGAUUGGCUUGAUAUUACGAGCAAGGACACGCAAUCUAUUGACCGGUCACAUACCAUAUGCACCGGGAGCUUUGCCUUGUCAAACCGUGUAUCUUAUGAAUAUGACUUCCGAGGGCCGAGUAUGACUAUUAUGACUGGUUGUUCAGCUUCUUUGAUAGCGCUACACGAAGCAUGCCAGGAUGUACGCUCCGGUCAGUGUUCAUCAGCAAUUAUAGCUGGUGUCAACAUAAUCGGGUCACCUACAAUGACAAUAGCCAUGACUUUGGGUCGGGUGCUUUCUGCCAGUGGCUCAUGCAAAACCUUCGAUGAGCGUGCGGAUGGAUACGGCCGUGGGGAGGCAGUCAACGCAGUCUACAUUAAACGACUCGACGAUGCACUACGAAAUGGCGACCCUAUCAGAGCAGUAAUUCGGGGAACUGGUACAAAUUCGGACGGAAGGACACAGACCAUCAGUACGCCUGGGGUUGCCUCUCAGAAGCAACUGAUCCAAAGGACCUAUCAAAGCGCAGGCCUAACCUUGAGCGAGACCGGAUUCUUUGAGUGCCACGGUACAGGGACUUUGUCUGGAGACAUAGCCGAAACUACAGUUGUCGCAGAUCUGUGUGGAGGCAAAGGCAUGGUGAUAGGCUCGGUCAAGGGCAAUGUCGGACAUUCCGAAGGUGCGUCUGGCCUUACCAGCGUUAUCAAGGCGGUCUUGGCCCUGGAAAACAGAGUGAUUCCCCCGAAUGUUUUCUUUGAGCGUCCUAAUCCGAGCAUACCAUUCAAGGAGGGAGGCCUCCACGUACCAACUGAGCCCAUGCCAUGGCCCGUGGGUAGAAAGGAAUUAGCUAGUAUCAACUCCUUCGGAAUCGGCGGUUCAAACUGCCAUGCCAUACUGCAAUCGGCAGCGUCAUACCUAGAAAAUCCGCGAGCAUCAUUAACCCUGAAUAACAGCAGCGUCGAUGGGGAUGCCCUGAGGCUGUUGGUGGUCUCAGCCAAAAGUCAGGAGAGUCUACAAACUCGAAUCGCGGAGGCCACAGAUUUCGUAAACAAUAACCCGGAUAUCUUGCAUGAUACCGCCUAUACAUUGGGCACAAGACGAGAACAUCUCCGCUAUCGGGCAUUUGUCGUUGCUCACAGCCACCAACAAAUCGAAAGAUCCGAGUGGCGUACUUGCCGAGCCGAAGCGACCGAUAUAGUUUUUGUUUUUACCGGUCAAGGAGCCCAAUGGCCGGGAAUGGGAAAAAGCAUGCUCGACAACUUCGCCGCCUUCAAGGCUAGUAUCCAGAUAAUGGACAAGGCUCUGCAGGAACUCCCACAUCCCCCUUCUUGGAGUUUAGAAGCAGAGCUCGCCAAGACAGGCAACGCCUCUCGUGUUGGGAUGGCCGAAUUCUCGCAACCACUCUGUACCGCUCUACAAGUCGGCCUUGUCAGUACGUUAGCCAACUGGGGGAUUUCUCCGUCAGCCGUCGUUGGCCACUCCAGCGGUGAAAUUGCGGCAGCGUUUGCUUCGGGGGCAAUGGACAUGAAGUCUGCAAUUAUCAUUGCAUAUUAUCGGGGCUUGGCAGCCAAAUGCUUGGAAGGCGCAGGGGCUAUGGCUGCCGUUGGGCUUUCCAUGGAAGAAGUCUCGCGCUAUGUCAAUGAGAAGGUGGUCAUCGCUUGCGAAAACGGACCCCAUAACGUGACCUUAUCUGGAGAAAGAGAGGACAUCCAUAGCGUUGUCGAGCAGAUUCGCGCAGAAUGGCCGGAAGCCCUUUGCCAACCACUCCGCGUAACUGUAGCCUAUCAUUCUUACCAAAUGGCUCAUAUUGGGGCUUUGUACGAACAGCAGAUAGCUCCAUACAUUGAUCUGGAUCACCGAGCGAAUAUGAUUCCGUUCAUUUCUAGUGUGUCGUGCCGAGCUGUUACGAACCCACGGGAGCUGGACGCGGGAUAUUGGAGACGUAAUCUGGAGUCCCCUGUACUUUUUGCGGGAGCGGUUAGAUCAAUUCUUGAGAAAGACACGGCACAGGUCUUUGUUGAAAUAGGGCCACACUCGGCUCUUGCUGGGGUGCUCCGCCAAAGUUCCUUGGCAGUAUCUCCAGGCAAAAAUGUCCUUUAUUUUCCCACGCUCACCCGCAACGACACCGAUUCUAGGAACCAGCUUCUCUGGACUGUGGGAUGUGCCCAUGCCAAUGGAAUUUCGGUGGAUUUGUCCCGAGUCAAUGGUAUUGGAAAGACCUUGUCCAAUCUGCCUAGGUAUCCAUGGCAGCACAAAUAUCAUUGGAAGGAGAGCAGAGUCGCAAACGAGUGGCGAACUAGCCCUGUAGCGCACCAUGAAAUCCUCGGUUCACGUGACACGGGCUCAUCAGCGAUAGAACCAUCCUGGAGGAACAUGCUGCUACUUGGUGAUGUCCCUUGGCUCUGGGACCAUGACCUACAAGGCCAGGUUGUGUUCCCUGCUGCCGGAUAUAUUGCAAUGGUGGGGGAGGCUGUCCAGCAACUAAACCCUAGUUCCUCGGGCUACAAUGUUCGGAACGUACAGCUCAAGGCAGCCCUUGUUCUUAAAGAUGACAGAUAUGCAGAGAUCAUUACCACCAUGCGACGGGUCAUGUACAACGAUAUGAUUGAUUCUGACUGGUAUGCGUUCACUAUUGUAUCCCAUGAUGGGACUGGUUGGACCAAGCAUUGCCAUGGUGAGGUGAAGGCAGCUUACAACCAUCUCCAAUGGAAGCCUAUCGAAGCUCAGCUUCGCCCAGUUGAUGCAGAAAAGUGGUAUGCCGCCCUGAGUCGCAGUGGGCUGAACUACGGGCCUCGCUUUCGCGGAUUAGAAGAUAUCUCUGUCCAUCCCUCAGAAUAUAGAGCAACGGGAACAGUUGCCGAUAAUCGAGAACUUCACGGAAGCCGGUACAACAUCCAUCCAGUGGCCAUUGACCAGUGCUUGCAGUUGAUGAGCGUAGCAUCGUCGAAUGGGCUGGCCCGUAGGAUUGAUCGCAUGGCGAUACCGCUUUCCAUCAAGAGAAUCGCGGUCCGGACCGGCAGCGGCAUGAUGAGGGCUGAAGCGACCAUUGUUGCCGGUGGCACUAUAACCGACCAAUCUGCGAGUGCGUCACUCAUGACUGACGAUAGCCAAGCUCUGUCAUUGGAAGGCGCCGUAUUCUUUCAUACGGUAGGCGAAGGAAACAAUGACUCGUCUUUUCCUCUAGUCUCUGAGAUCCGCUGGAACGAAGAUAUAGACCUGGCUUCAGUGAGUAAAAUCCUGGCACAGUCAGAUAAUUUUCAAAGCCACGAAGAGGCCAUACGAGAUGCCGAAAAAGUAUGUGCACUUGCCAUCUUGGAGAUCGCAGAUCGAAUGAAAGGCGUGCAGCCAGGCUCUCAACACCUGAUCGAAUGGAAAAACUGGAUCAGCAAUCAGUCCUGCGCUCUAAGAGAAGGAAAAAACGCACUUGUACCCGAAGGAGAACAAUAUGCGCAAAUGUGCUCGGAAGAAAGACAGCAGAUGAUGGAGGUAGCUAUUUCAAAGUGCCAGACACACGGAGGAAUGUCUGCUGCCUUCGGAUACCUAAAGAAAAUCCUGGAGAACUGUGCUGAUAUAACAAUUGACGAAAGCCGAGUUCCAACGGUUAUGGAGAUGUUCUCAAACGUUUCCGUUGAUACAAUUGACGCCCCUCCCAAAACCAACUGGGGUCAAUUUCUAGGUCUCCUUGGACACUCAAAGCCCACUAUGCGUAUCUUGGAAAUCGGGGCAGAAGGGGCAGCGACAAGAGAAGCCCUGAAGCACCUGCGUACGCCCGAGGGGGUUAUGAUGUUUUCUGAAUAUGUCCUCACGGACGUGUCUUCCGAUAUGAUAGAUGCCGCAUCCAAGCGAUUCGAAGACCAAGAGAACUUUAAAUACAGACUCCUGGAUAUCAGCCGUGACCCCAGAAGUCAGGGAUAUAAACCACAUUCUUUCGACCUUAUUAUUGCAUCAAACAUCAGUGCUGUUCAUAACUCACCCAGACUCCACGAAUCGCUCCAACAUAUCCGUCAACUGCUUGCCCACACGGGUUGGUUACUACUCCAUGAACCCUGUUUAGGCGACUUGAUGAGCAAGUAUCUUAUGGGCGUUCUCCCAGACUGGUGGAACCGCCAGGCGAACAAGCACGAUACAUGUUGUGUUUCCCCGGAGCAGUUAGAACGUGAACUUUCUGCUGCUGGCUUCACUGGGAAUGAAGCAUUUGGCUAUGAGGACCCCGGACUCUUUCCUUGGAGUUUCACCAUGCUCUCUCGUCCAACGGCGGAUUGCUCCUCCCCCUUAUCUCGGAGUGCCGAAGUCUUUAUCCUCAGUUCUGGCCGCCAUAAUGUUUUCUCCCAAGAAGUUGCUUCAUGCUUUCACGAGAGAGGAAUUCACGUCACCUGGGGUAGUUUGGCCGACAACCCAGGUCCCAACCAUUUCAUUAUCUCCCUAUUGGAUUUGGAGGGACCAUUUUUAUAUGAUAUGUCGGAGGAAGUAUAUCAGGCCCUGCAAAUGUUCACCAGAACAACGAGAAAGAACCACAUGCUUUGGGUGACGCCAACCUGUCAGACCAACUGUCCUGAUCCCCGCUAUGGCCUAGUAUUCGGGUUCCUGCGAGCCCUUCGGCAAGAGACUGGACUUGAUGUUUCUUUUCUGGAGAUGGAUUGCUUCGAUCUUAACACAGCCCGCUCCGUGUUUACGGUUUAUGAAAAGAUUGCACAGUCCCGGAUUGAAAAGCAGCCGUACCCAGAAUAUGAAUUUCUCUUGACGGAAGGGAAAAUCCGUGUUGGGCGUUGCUACUGGGUGCCCCCAGAGAAGCGACCGCACGAAAUAAUAGAGGAAGCGCAUCUACCAACAGUCCUAAGCAUCGGCACGCCUGGUCUUAUGGACACACUUCAAUGGGUCCCAGGAAGUAGCUACGCUCAUGUGGGUGAGAAUGAAGUAGAAGUCGAUAUGUGUUAUGUCGGCCUGAACUUCCGGGAUGUUAUGAUUUCAAUGGGAUUCUUUGGGAACCAAGACCAAUUUGGUUUUGAAGGUAGCGGAAUCGUUCGGUCGGUCGGAUCGAAUGUUAAAAACUAUCAACCAGGCGAGAGGGUGUCUCUCAUGGGUGCUGGUAGUUUUCGCACGCGGGUUGUGACUCAUGAGAGGAACCUGUUGAAAGUGCCACCAGGGCAAUCAUUAGAAGAUGCAGCAGCAUUGCUCGUGGUUUAUUCUACAGCGAUCUACUCACUCAGUUACAUAGGAAAACUAAAAGCAGGGCAGACGGUGCUCAUCCAUUCCGCCUGUGGAGGUGUUGGCUUGGCCUCGAUUCAAAUAUGUAAAGCUUUGGGAGCCACGGUCUACGCUACAGUAGGGGAUGACAAUAAAGUCCAGAUGCUAAUGAAGCAAUUCUCCAUUCCUCGCCAUCAUAUCUUUGACUCACGGUCCACGUCGUUCCUACCAGACCUCAUGCGAGAAACCAAUGGAAGAGGUGUUGAUAUAGUCCUGAACUCACUCGCUGACGAGUUGCUACAUGCGUCAUGGGAAUGUGUCGCGCCAUAUGGAACCAUGGUAGAGCUUGGCAAGCGCGAUUUAGCAACCAACGGCGCCAUAAGCCUGACACCAUUCCUGAGAAACCGCACAUACGUAGGCGUUGACAUGGCCGCAGUGAACCUUGAAUGUCCGGAUAAACAAGCAGAAUUUAUGGCAGCAUACAAUCGUUUAUACAGGGAGGGAAACAUUCGUCCCAUUCGCCCUGUCAAAGUGUUCGAGGCCAUCGAUAUCGUGAGUGCGUUCCGCUACAUGCAGAGGGGCGUACACACAGGCAAGAUCGUUAUCAAACUGCCUGAAGAUCCCAAGUCUCUGGCGAAAAAUGCCUCGCAACCAGGCCCCGUCACCUUCUCCUCUAAUGCCUCAUACCUCCUAGUUGGUGGUCUCGGGGGCAUCGGAAAGGCCAUCGCGACAUGGAUGGUAGAGAGGGGUGCUCGAAAUCUGGUCUUCCUAGGUCGUUCUGCGGGAAUUUCUGGGACGGACCAGUCCUAUAUAAGAGAAUUAGAGGCCCAGGGGUGUAAUGCACAGUGUGUUGCUGGCAGCGUCACAAUUGCUGCAGAUGUGGAACACGCAAUUUCUCUUUGCGGUUCGAGACCGCUAGCCGGAGUCUUGCAGAUGGCUAUGAGCCUAAAUGACCAAUUAUUUGAUGCAAUGAACUACGACGAGUGGUCCGCUUGCCUUGCUCCCAAAGUACAAGGUACCUGGAAUCUUCACAAUGCUGUACGAGAUCGUAACCUCGACUUCUUCGUUGCAUUUAGUUCUAUCUCAGGAACCUGCGGAAAUGUUGGCCAAUCGAACUAUGCUGCCGCAAAUACGUUCCUAGAUUGCUUCACCCAAUACCGGAGGUACCUUGGGUUACCAUCGUCCGUCUUAAACCUAGGCGCUGUGGAGGACAUUGGGGUCAUCAGUAAAGACACUAAGCUUCUCCAAACCGCACGUGCGGUAUUCCAGCGCCUUCUAAGGGAAAGAGAAGUAUUGGAAGCAUUGGAGCUCUGCAUCCGCCAGUCGGCUGUUAGGACCUCUCCCGCACCAUGGCUUAUUUCGAGUCCGUGCAUUGUCGGGCUAAAUACCACAAACCAUAGCACAAACCAAGCCGUGAACGCUCCCUGGAAGGGUGAGGGCCGAUUCGGUUUGUACUCCAACCUGGAGAAGGGUGGUAAAGUUGGAGGACUGAUCGACGCGCGAGAUGAAGCCUAUAGUAUCGUUCAGAAGCUUCAAAAGCGUAUCACCACCUUGGAUGAUGAGGAGGCCGAAAUGCUGCUACUCAAAUCGCUCAACAGUCUAAUCACACAGUAUAUUGCAGGGGCUAAGGAGAUGAGCUAUGAAGACAAGGGGAAUAUCGUGAUUGACUCGCUCAUGGCAGCUGAAGUCGGAAACUGGGCGCGGCGAAACAUGAGAAUAGAUCUUAGUAUUCUCGAAAUCUCAAAAGCGGGUACCGUGAAAGGGGUUUGUGGGCUUCUAAUUGAGCGAAUGAGGAGGCUUGCAACAGGGUCCCGCAACGAUACGUCUGCUGCUAGCAGCUAG